GUUUGUCUGGUCUGCAGAUGUUCAUUCAGCAGCAUCUCUCACAGUGAGUCCUGACAGAGUGCAACACUUCACCUCUGACUCUGUCUCACUGACCUGUGAGGGAAACUUCACUGAGUGGAGAGUGAGGAAGUUCUCUGAGGACGGCCGACUGUACUCUGUCUGUAGGAGAAUGACUGGAUCCACAUGUAACAUCAACACAUCAAAGUCAGAUACUGCAGUGUACUGGUGUGAGUCUGGAUCAGGAGAGUUCAGCAGUGCAGUCAACAUCACUGUACAGAAUGAUGGUAAUGGUCCUAUCCUGGUGAGUCCUGUUCAUCCUGUGACUGAGGGAGCUUCUGUUAGUCUGAGCUGCAGUUUGAGAACACAAAAAAAACUUUCCAAUGUGUUUUUCUAUCACAAUGACAAACUUAUUCAAAAUGAUACCCGAGGGGAGCUGAACAUCUCUGCAGUGUCAAAGUCUGAUGAAGGUUUCUACAAGUGUCAGUACUCAGGAAGAGAGUCAGCACAGAGCUGGAUGUCAGUUAAAGGUGCAGAUAAACCCCCAGAUGUCAUUUACUCUAAUAUUGAACUGGAAAACUUUGUUAAUAAGCGGAAGCAUCAUAAACCAGAGCAGAGUGCUGUUUACACUAAUGUGAAGACGGGAGCUGCAGAGGACAGUCUGAUGUAUGCUGAGGUCAAACAGCCCAAAAAAGAAAAAGCCAAGAAAAACAAAGGAAAAUCAAGUCCUGCAGCUGAUGCAGCAGUUUAUUCUGAAGUCACAUCAGGAAGCUCUCUCAGUAAUUCUGCUGCCAUGCAGGCUGAUUUAUUCUUCACAUUAUUAAAUGUCUUCAGCUCAUAAUAUCUUUACAUGUUGGAAAUCACUUUGUCUUUUUGUGCUUGUC